AUGGAUAUUGAUCUCCUCUUGAUUGGUGGGGGGUGGAUUAAUUGCUAUCGUAUCGGUUCAAAUUUUAUGGCAAAAGCUGGAAAAUCAGUUCCUCAACUCUUAAUCUUAAUAAGAUCACCAUUAUCUCUGUUGCUAUUUCAUAUUGGGCUUCUCUUGCUGCUUGUUGUUCCUCACUUUGCUCGUCCUACACCAUCAGAGUUUAAUAAUUCAAAGUCGUUAACCAUGGAGGCUGGCUCAUCAUCUUCAACAGCUACACAGCUCCUCCAAUCUACCAUGGACUUGCAUCCAAAACAGGCUAAGAAGAGUGCCAAGAAUAAUCAACAAUUUGAAGCUUCUGCGCAUGAAGUCCCGAGUGGUCCAAAUCCUGAAUCGAACAAGUAA